AUGUCAUGGAUCCGAGAAAGCACUCUGAGUUGUCUGCAAACGUGUGCUAUAAAAGUGAUAAAAAGCGGACAAAUACCUCGACAUGUCGCUUUUAUAAUGGACGGUAACAGGCGGUAUGCAAAUAAAAAACAGUACAACAGCUUCAUCCAGGGUCACACUGAGGGUUUCAAUAAGCUGGCGGAAACCCUGCAGUGGUGCUUGGAUCUCGGGGUCAGGGAAGUCACAGUCUACGCGUUCAGCAUCGAGAACUUUAAGCGCAGCAAAGAGGAGGUCCAGGAGUUGAUGACGUUGGCAGAAAAUAAAUUCAAAAAAUUAUUGGACGAACGGGAAAAAUUAAUGAAGCACGGAGUCAGGAUCUGUGUCGUAGGUAACAUGUCUCUGAUCCCGGAGAAUUUGAGAAAACUUAUGGAUGAGGCGAUGCUGAUCACCAAAGACAACUCCAAGGCUCUGCUGAAUGUCGCGUUUGCUUACACGUCCAGAGACGAAAUUGUCGAGACGAUUAAAAGCUUAGCUCAGAAGGUUGAUACCAGCCAGCUGCUUCCUGAGGAGAUUGAUGAGAAAUUGUUCGCUCAGAAUAUGUACACCUGCGAGUCCGCGGAUCCUGAUUUGAUUAUCCGCACCUCUGGGGAGGUCAGGUUCUCCGAUUUUCUUCUGUGGCAGUUCAGCUACUCAAUUGACACUAGUACUAGGCUGAUCAUCAGGUUGUAG